UUCAUAUAUACUUCCAUCUUAAGCUAGUUAAUUUGGUUCUCAGACAAAUGCGUAUCGAAUUUCAAAACCUCCUUUCCAUUCACUUUUGCUGAAGCUUCUCCUUCCUCUCACUCUCUCUUUGUUGCCUUUCUUUCUCUUUUCUCUUUCUCUUUGUCUCCUUUUUCUCUUUCUAUUAGCCUUGGAGCUGGUUCAUGGAUAUUGAAUCCUUGUGGGCUCUUGGGGGGUGGUUUCUUAUUCCAAUUUGCAUGGCAGCACCUAAAACAUCGUCUUCCAUCUUCGAAAUCAAUGCGAAAUUGCAACCUUUCCUUCUCUUCCUUGUCCUUUUCUUCGUUUUCCUUCUUCUUGUUAGUCCAUUAAAAUCAUCCACAAACCCAUCAUCAUCAUCAUCCAUGGCCUCCUCAAUUUCUUCCAAAAGGCUUCUUUUGGAUUCCUCUCCAUCAUCUGCAUCCGCUACAUAUGCCGCAAACUUGCACCCGAAGAAAGCUACCAAAUCGCGUACUUCUUCUUCGGAUUCAGCGAGAAGAGAAUUCGGAGCCGCAGCUCACGAAGUUCCUAGUGGCCCCAACCCAAUAUCAAACUAGGUUAAGUGGUAAAUUUGGAAGAAGAAGAUGCUGCAUCAUCAUGAACCAGUUGAGGGAGAGAAAGAGAGCAAACAUGAUGGGGUUCGCAACGGCAAGAGAGAUUUCAUUGGGGUUUUUCUUUUUCUUUUUUGUCAUCUUUGUAGUUAUUGUUUGAGUCCGCCAUUAAUACUGCUUUGUCGUCAGUGAGAGGUUUGUUACUCAUAUAUGGUUAUCGUCAUCAUGUUAGCAUUACUUUUUUUUUUUUCUUUUUUCUUUUUUUUUUCCGCUAGAAAUGUAUAGCAAGAGAUACUUAUAUAUUUUUCUAUAUUUAUGUAUCCUUCUUAUUUGUUUUA